GCGCCUGAAAUAAAACUGUUUUUACUUUGGUUUCGUUGGUCUUGUUCUAGAGAAAGACAGCUCAUUCUAGUUCUAGAUAAGCGUACUAAUGUACUUAAAUUUUUUGAGAAGUUUGAUUAUUCGAUGCAUUAAAACUUGUCAGAUAUUCAUAGACUUAAUUUCAGACAAUAACGUUUCGUACAUCGCUCAUAUAGUUAGAAAAUUAGUUAGCACUUGGUAAUUUAGCAUAAAAUUACUUAUUGCAUAUGUGAUUGUUUCAUCUUGGCUUUCAAAUAAGGCACGAAGUGUUACUGAUUGCCCUAGAAAAUCAACAAAUUAUUGCUCACACAUUAGUUUGAGCUUGUAUAUGAGCGGCCCAACGUCAAUUUAUUAGUAACAAUAUGUUUUCUUUAAAGAAUGUGUGGUAUCAUCAUGGAUAUGAGCAAUAUUUUUUAUAGUAAUAUAUUAUUUGUAUUUCACGCAUUAUGUUAAUGGAUGACAAAAUGUCAAACUUAAGGUUUUCAAAUUAAAGUUUGGCUAACAUUUCCAAAUACCUUGAGAAACUUAGCUCUCGUUUAUCAUAAAAUUCAUCUAAAUUAACUAAUAAUUUGGCCUUUUACUCAGCAGCCCACAUUCUAGGACAAUAAAAUCUCAAUAUUUCACGCACACUUAGGGCUCAAAACAGAUACGGACGUACGACGUAUGUGUGAAAAUGUACAAACUUCAUACGUUUCUUUUAAUGCAAUUUUCUUUUAAAAAGGUAGUCUCAGCUAUUAAUAUUAUAAUAUUGCUUGAAAUUUUUAAGGCUCAAUAGUCAGUAAUUGGCGAUAAUAUUAUGCUAAGUGUGACUUCUGGAUCAUUCUACUAUUUUACAUUAUUGGCUCUUUUUCUAUCAAGUUUUGAGCUUACUUAUUACGUCAUGCUUCUAAUUGUCCUGUGGGCCAUUUUCCGUUUUAUUUAUUUGCUUUCGAACUGCACUUGCUGUUUUACCCUAAUUUUUAGUCUUUCAGGGAUCUUAUCUCAUCUUUCCUCACAUUUUUAUUUUAAAAUUACCUGUUUUUAUCGACUACAGAAUAGGAUUUUACCAAUUUUUAUCAACUUUUUCGGACAAACGGAUCGUUUUGGGUUUACAAAAUGGAUUUAAAUGCAUACAAAGGAUGGUCUUCUGAACUUCAUUCUACAUACAAUCAACUUCUCGAAUAUGAAAGUUUUUUGCGUUUGUUUCCUGUAGAGGUUGCUAACUCUAUAGCCACCAGUACUGUAAUGAGUGUGAAGUGUGAUUGUUCAUGUACUCUUCUGUCAUCGUCUGGUGAUGUAGUACCUGCCAAUACCGAUGCAACACAUGAUGGUUCUGUUUCUCAUCGAAGCGAAUCUAUAUCUCUUCCCCAAAAUGUUUCUUCAGCACCGAAUCCGCGUUCAUCUUUUUCUGGUCAGACUUCCGUAGUACGUUUUGAUUCUCCAGAUGAACUGCGUUGGGUUAUGCACGCUAUCACUUACGGACUGACUAUGUCAUCUGAAAAUUGGGACGUCAUCAAACACAGUGCACAUAUUUACUGCUAUUGGAUCAGAUGUCUUAAUUCUUCAAUACGCUCCACACAAUCAGGGAAUUCGAACUCACCAAUUCCGUUGAUUCUACAAAAGGAGCCACAACGUUUCUUAAAGUCCCUUUUGUUCUCCCUUACUUAUUAUUUCCUUCCACGUGAUCCAGAACCAUUAAGUGAUCAGCCUAAGUUAAUGUUUUCAACCCUUGGUCGAAGUUUAGCACCUCCACAGUAUUUGACUAGUGCCGACUCAUCAGAAGCUCCAUCUUCUUUUACAGUGAUCGAGUCAACACACUUAUCAGCGUUGCUAAAUAAGCAGUUAGACAUUAUAAAACUGGUGGCUGCUGCAGUUGAAGAAUUAUGCUCAGUACCGACUCAGUUAACAUCUGACUCCUGGGAUUGUAUAUUGCGGUUUUGUCUGAUCAUAUGUCAUGCUAUUCUGUCACCACCUUUACAUUUACCAUCAGGAUUAAUCCAGUCAUCUACUGGGGCUUCUCAGAUGACCAAUACUUUUAUUUCGGGAUCAGGAUCUGUUGGUGGACCUAAUUCUGUGGCUCUUUUGUCAAAUCAUUCCAGUUCUUCAGAUGUUAGGGGCACCAAGGAUUCAGCUAUCUUAUUUGACGUCAUAUCAGACUGCGUUUCCAACUUACUAUUCAGUACUUGGUUAAAAGCUUGUACUCAUUGUUUUCCUAAACCACAACUCUGGGUCGCAUUUAGAGAGUGCGCAAGAGUAUGGCGACAUCAUAAUGCGUUUAUUAAACAGUGGUCUCGUGUUUCCGUGGCAUUAUCCGCUACUUUACUUGGUAUACUAAAUAAACCUACUAACUUAAACGCUUAUGCUUCUUUCAUUCAAUUAAUUCCAUCUGAUCUACCUGAUGGAAAUGCGAAAGAAUCUUGGAUUCGUAUGUUAUAUUUGAUCGACAAUCCAGUAGAUCUUAGUCAUGAACGUUUAAUAUGUAAUACACCGAUUUUUGAAGAAUAUAAGAAAUACAAUUGCAAUGAUAGAAUUCGAUGGACAUCUGUUUAUUUCCCUUAUCUAUAUCAUCAAGCCUUACGUGGUCUGUCAAUGAUCGUGGAUGGAUUUUUGGGUAUUCAGCCAAGUCUUACAGUUGGUAUUGAUCCAUUUGUUGGUGUAAUUCCAGAACUUUAUGGUCCUAUCGGUCGAUUAUUUCAAAGUUACCCUUCAUUUCAUAAGUACACAGAUACACAAAGCGUGAACAAUGAUGAUGAAGUCAGGAAAGCCCUUAUGACGGGUUUUUCAAAUAUUCAAGGUGGAACACGAUUGGCUGCUGGUAGUUUUUCUACAGAAAAAGCAACUAGAAAAUCUAGAUUAGCAAGCGUCGUCACGUCUGCUGGUAUUCUUGCUUCCGCUGGAACUUCUGGAGGUUUGAAAUCUGGGUUGGCUCCAUUUAAUAGUACUUCAGUACAUAUUCCUCAUACCAAUAGUAGUUCGUUAACUCCUAUUGAAAUUAAUGCUUCUUUGACAAAUGCUUUUCAACAGUCACAAACUCCUAGUUCACAAGCAUCUUUGCAGUUAUCAAAUGCUUCAACAAGUGGACAGUCAGUUAAUCAAAAAUUAGGAAAUAUUCCACCUAUAUUGUCUUUAGUUAAUAGAAAUCUACAGGUCGACCAUUUACAGAAUUUAGCUACAAAUUGGUUAUCAACCUAUUCUCAAAUUAUCUUAAAUCCUCAAAGACCAGAAAUAAACUCAUUGUUACAACUAUUUGGUGCUUGGCUUUUUGAAGCAUCAGUAUCAGGAGUUAAACAAGAUUUAAGUGAUUAUGACUUUACUGUGAUCAGUCAUCGAGCUACAUUAAUUGAUAGUAAUCGUUUUCUAGUUGGUCGUGCUGAAGCCCUUGGAACACUAUGUCGAAUAAUGAUCUACGCUCAACGUGGUCGUUUAGCAGAGGAAUAUCUUACACGAUUUUAUUUAUGUCUUUAUUAUGCAUUGGUUGUUGAUCCAACGGUUAAAAAUGAUUAUAUUUUAUGUUUAGUGUUAUUCUAUUCAAUUGAUUUACUUCGUGUUGAUUUACCCGGUAUCAAUAUCUUGAUACCACGUAUAUAUGGUGCUUGUCAGCAUGUUUUAAAAGAAGAAAUUAACAUGAAACCUGAAUUUUUAUCACCAACCUUGGUUCAACGUGCAGCUAUACAUCAGCUUAUGUCAAUGGUAUGUAUUCCUAUUCAAUUUAAAGGCCCACAUUUAAAACCUUUGAUUCCUUUGAUGUCUAAUGAGGAUAAUCCAUGUUCAUUGAAUGAUAUAAAAAAUAUGAUGGUUAAUAUUUUAUGUGAUACGUUGAGUAGUACAGAAGAUCCGGUAAAUUUUCAAUUGUUAUUAAGUGUGGCGUUGGCUUUAAUUGAAGACAUGUCAGCUGAUGAGAUGCAGUCAUCUAAUAUUCGAACCGACCCUGGCAAAUCUCACACAACAUCUAGUUUCUUCAAUAUUCUGACACCACUGCUUUGUGGUAAUUUAGUAUAUAAGUGGAAAAAUGAUUCAUCAGUUAUGCUUUAUUUAUUAGAAAUCAUCUCUGGUUUAUCUAGUGUACAUGUUACACCAGUUGAUCCAUCUACUUAUAGACAUACCGUCCGAUCAAUAUGUGAAUUUAUUACAAAUCAAUGUAACCGUGAAAAAAAAGACCAUAAAAGGCAGCUACAUAGUAUUAUUGUUGCUGCGUAUUAUUGUUUAUCUUCAUGGAUUGUACAACAUGUGAAUUUAUUAUUAUCUGAUCGAGAAUGUGUAUGGACUAUAUUAGAAACAAUUGAAUUGGGUAUUUGUGGUGCUAAGUCUUCAAAUAAACAGGCAAAAAAUGAGCCCCCUACUACUAUUCUCAAAGGUCAAAAACCUUUAGUUCCAUCCUCAAAACGUGUUUGUGAUGCAGCUGAGGCUUGUCUGUCAAAUUUAAUGUCAGUAGCUGGAUCUUUUCCUGGACCAUUCGGGACCGAUACAACAUGUUCUCAAUUAGCAGAAGAUAACAUUUUGAAAUUGAUUAUAGAUAAAGAGUCGAAUUCAUCUAAGGGUCGGUCAGAAUUUCACUAUUUCUGGUCCGAACCCAAUUUAAUAAUUGGAUUGUGCGAAUUCCCUACGAACUCGUUUAAAUCAACCAUAAAACCAAAAAUUGAUUGUUCAAAAGAUGGACCAGCUGCAAUUUUAAUUAUUCGAGGACCAUUUGGACGUCAUGUUUGGAUAACGCAUAUGCGUCUUUCACCAUUGUUGGGAAACGACUCAAAUUCUCAGUCAAAUUAUUCGGAUCAAAAACAAGAAGUAGUAAUUAAUCGUCCUAAACCUUGGGGUUGUUUUCUUGACAGACUUAUCACCACAGUAACCAACAAUGAAAAUGUUCCUGCUUUAAAUUUUCCACAAUCGAUAUCCGAUAUUCCACUUGUUGAAGCUGAUCAUAUAAUACCUUCGCUGGAUGCAGUUGGUAGUGAACUUGGAAGUAAUGUUAGACAAGAAAUUAAUGUAUUCAAGAAAUUAAUAACCACACAUGCUUCGUUAGCAAAGGAAGUUGGAUUACGUUGUGUCCAAGAAAAAAUUAAUGCACCUUAUCCUGAUCCAAUCACAGAAGCACAAGCACCAAUUCCCGUUGUUAGUUUUCACCCAAUACGUUUAUUACUAACACAUUUGGGCUAUUUAUCAAUCGGACCUUCUCAAAUGCCCCAGUCAUUAUGGCCACGUCCAGAGUUAAAACGUGAUAACCAAUCAGGUGAACGUCUUGGUCUUGGGAAUCGACAAAGUCCAUCUUUAACAGCUAAUCGUAUCAUACAGGGGCUUUCGCCUACCUUGCCGUCGAAUAGUACUGAAGACGAACUAUUGCCCUUAUUUCCAUUCGACGUGGAAAAUCCAGAUUUUGCUGAUAUAUUAACAAAUCUAGACCAUAUGCCGACCAGAACAGGUGAUACUCUUUUGGUUUUUUAUGUUGCUGCUGGUCAGUCAAAAGUUGGUGAUAUUCUUGCGAAUAUGAAUAUUUGGUCAAGACUACCUGAAGCAUUUCAUCAGUUCUUAAGUGGUAUCGGCUGUAUCAAAGAUAUUUCUGAUCAUUCAGGUUGGACAGGGAACCUUCAAACUAGCUAUCGUACAUCAAAUGGAUACUUGGUGACGGGUCACUGUAAUCAGACGAAAAAUAUACAUGCUGACCACUGUCCGGAUGGUAUUCAAUCAAUUAUAUACUAUGCUGAUGCAAUAACAGAAUUAGCAUGCAUUUGUCCCACUAAUCAAUUUUAUGGAAAUGAAGAGAAUUCUGACUCAAACCUUUCGUUAAAGAGUACACGUUAUCGCACUGCUAGCGAAAUUAUAACUAACAUCACUCGUGGGACAAGUCAAAGUGCAGUAGGCAUGGGAGAAGUUGGGGCGGACCCGACUGGAGGUCGAGUGGCAGUUGUAUGGCUCGAACGAUGGGAAGAUGGACCUAUGCACUAUGAACCAGGAGUUGGGACGAACAUCCAGAAUAUGACGAGCAAGAAUUUUGACUGCCCUGUCACAAUUUAUGUUCAUCCUUUAAGUUCCGGAUUAUGCAGAGUUGGCAUUAUGCGUCUUCAAGGACGAACAUUUGAAGCUGGUCCAUUACAGAAUGGAUCUGUAUUAAGUCAGCGUUGUCUUAGUAGUUUUGUAAGACAAACUGUAAUAAACUUAUCACGACGACGUCGUUUGGCUUCCGACUCAUUUCAACCUCCUCAUGUUCGACGAAGCCAUGAAUUGUUCAGAUUGGCAGAAGCAAACCGUAAAAUUGUUCGAGUUCAGCCAUCAUCAUCUGGCAAUAAAACUAAUACAUACUCUUGUAACACAGCGAAUAUUGUGCGUAGUCUUUUUUCUAGACAAACUCAAAUUCAUUCUAGCUAAAGCUUUUCAUAUUUUAACUGUAAUAUCCACUAUUGUUGUGAACAAGGAUUCCUUCAUAUUUACAUAUCAAACAGAAUGCUUUUUUUCUUUUUAUUUUCAUACUUCCUAAUCUUACGUAUUUAACAUGUAACUAAAUAUACUUUUACAUUUUAAUUUUCUUCAUCUAUAAUUAUGGUAAUGAUAUAUGAAAUUUGCACACUUACUACACAUUCAAAAUCG